GGUUAGGGUUUAGGUAGUGCUCUCAAUUACUCAUUUAUAACGUGGCGGGAAGCUAAUAAUAGAGUUUAUCCACCAAUUCAAUCAAAUUCUGUGUGAAUUCAUCUUCCCAAAUUUUCGAAGGGCACAAUUCAAUUUACGUCUUUUCAUUCAGCAGAGGAAUCAGCUCUCUUCCUUCCCAAAGUGGAGUUCCAUCUGUUUGUUCAUUGAAGCUAUCUGGUGCAAUCAAAGUUGAUUGAUUUUAUGAGAAUGGCGUUGGACUGAAUCUGAAAAUGUAGCUGAUAUGCUGCAGCAUGAUAAGUCAUCAGUUUAAUUUUUGGGGUUUAUGCAAAAUUUCUGAACUUUCUGUAGAAUGUUCUUUUGUACCCAAGAGAAAAAGAUGGUUUUUUUCGCUGUCCCACUUUAUGAGGAUUUCCACUUCUUGCUGUGCUGCUCAAGAUACUGGUUUCUCAUCAGAUGACAAUGUGCUGCUGGAAUCGUGCGAAUACAGAGAGUUGCAGCAGAGAAUGCAGCGGCAUGCUGCCUCGGGGUGCAUUACCAAAGCCCUCGAGACUCUGAACUUCAUGAGGGAUAAUGUUCUGGGUAAACCUACCACUUAUGACUAUAAUGCUAUGAUCAGGUAUUUCUUAAAGUCGGGUAGUGUGUCGUUCGAUGAGUUGUUUGAGGUGUACAGUGGGAUGAAAAGAUUUGGGCCAAGCCCGAAUCUGUUAACUUAUCAAACACUCUUGAAUGGGUUCAUUUAUGUUGGAAGAUCGAAAGCUGCAAUGUAUAUCGCAGGCGAGAUGAUGGCGUCUGGGUUUUCCCCUUCAUUUACAAUUAUGUCAAAGUUGUUCAAAAAGCUACUGAAAACAGAAAGUGUAGUUGAUGCUGUUAUGUUGCUUGAGAUUAUGUUGAGUGUCAACUAUAUUCCAAGUCAGUAUGAUAUAAGUGUCUUGAUCCAAGGUCUUUGCCAUGUAGGGAUGGUUCAGGUGGCAAUUUCAUUGUUUGUGAAGAUUUCAGGAAAGGGAUACUUUUGUGGGGGGAUUAUUUAUAAUCCCAUACUCUGGGCUUUAUGUAAAUCCAGUAAAACUUUUGUCGCAUUAGCAUUUUUUGGUUUCUUAGAAAAGAAGGGAUUCGUGCGAUCUGUUUACUCUUAUACUGCGUUGGUUUAUGGUUUUAGUAAGGAUAGGCUGUGGCGUGAAGCUUUUUUCUGUUUAGAGGAAAUGGAAAAUGUUGGUUGUAAGCCUAGUCUGGUCACUUAUACAGUACUUAUUAAGUUUCUCUGUGAUGACGGGAAAAUUGAUGUGGCACUGAACCUUUUGGGAAAGAUGGAAGAGAGCGGAUAUAACCCUGACUUAGUUGUAUACAACAUAGUUCUCCGUGAGUUUUGCACUCAAGGUAGAGUAGAUGAUGCUUAUGAUCUUAUUCAACUUAUUGAUCAAAAGGGCUUGUCACCUGACAUGUAUACUCAUGCCGCAUUAGCUGGAGGCAUGUUGAAAAGGGGCAAUGUAGAGUUCGUCAAUAAGUUGUUGCUCAAUAUUAUACUAAGGCACUGCUCUGUAGAUACUGCCGUUUACAACAUAUAUCUGCAUUCCAUGUGUUGUGAUAGUAAUUCUGGAGAAGCUUUGUCCUUGAUGCAGAGUGUGAUGGAAAAGGGUUUUAGACCUACUAAUAGAUCAUACAACAUAAUUCUUAAGGGAUUGUGCAAAGAGAGAAAUUUUUAUGAAGCUUUCAAGUUAUUUGAUUGUAUCUUGUGGCCUAGCAAUGGCCCUGAUUUGAUUUCCUUGAAUACUGUUUUGUCUGCUGCAUGUAAACUAGGAAAUUCAGCCAUUGUUCAGAGAAUUUUGUGGCAGAUGGAACAUGAAGGAAUAAAACUUGACGUUGUGAGCUUAACAUCUCUGAUUCAGUAUUAUUGUACAGUUGGCAAAAUAACAGACUGCUUAAAGCUCGUGGAGUCCAUGGUGAUCAAUGGUCCCAAGCCUAAUACAGUCACUGUGAACACCCUUCUUAUUGGACUCUGCAAGAAUCAUCUACUUGGAUUAGCAGAAACAUUUUUCAACUAUUUUAAACAGAUUGGAGUUCUGGCAGAUACGACUACAUACAAUAUUCUAAUCCGCGCUUUCAUACAUGAAGGAAAUGAUUUGAUGGUAGAUGAGCUAUCAAGGGAAAUGUCUAGCCGUAAAUUGAGGCUGGAUCUUGGCACCUACAAUUGCUUCGUGCAUGCCUUAUGCAGAAGAGGCAAAAUUGCACUUGCCCUCCAUCUGCGAGACCAAUUGCGAGAGAAUGGCAUCCCUCCUAAUAUUUUCAUUUACAACACAAUUAUGAAAGCAAUGUUCAUGAAAGGAAUGUUCUGGGAAAUUAUUGAUCUGCUUAAGGACAUGUACGUGGAUGGAUGUGAACCUAAUGAAGGAUCUUAUAAACUAUUGAAAGAAGCGAAGUUAAAAGGUUGGAUGAAGGGUUCCCCUCAAGCUUUACAAAUGAGAGUGUUUGUUAUGUUUGGUAAAUUGUCCUGAGAAUGGAUGGUACUAAUAGAGAAUACAAGAUGGAUGGUGAAAAUGAGUUCCAUCUCUUCAUCAUGCGACCGAAGAUGCUCUCUCUGAGGAAGUGUUUGGGCUGGAGAUGUGUUCGUCGCAUAUUCGCAUAACUUGAUUGAUCAGACAAUAACUCGUGCUCCAGGUCCAGAGUCAUAUAUGUCUCCAACUAUCCAGUUAUCUUGUUAAGAAUCCCAGAACUACACAUCCUGUGCCACGAGCUGGUGAAGAACGCAUAUUCAAAGAUUACAAGUAUUUGGGUAAUAAGCAGCGCUCGACUGGGUGAAACAAUCUGCACAUAGAGCAGUAUCCCCGAAAGAUCCCAAGAGGGGAAGGGUCACCGUAAGAAGACUGAAUACAAGCUGGAGGCAUGCCAUCAUACGAAAGGGAGGAAGAAAGAAGUCAGCUCGAAUGUAUAAAGGGCUCCUCCAACCCUUGUUUUAUAGCAGGAUGAAGACACGAACGUCAUUCUUAUCAAGUCUGGAAGACGUCGGACAUUUUGACAAAGACGCCUCAAGGGGAAGGAACCACCCCAAGUUGUCAUCUGCAAAGCAGUAAGACUUUCUACCACCUCUUGUAAGAUUUUGAAUUCCCUUUCCUGGAAUGUCAAAUUUGGACUGAGAAUAGAGUUUGGCUGAUUAGUGUGACCAAACUUUUGAACCUUUUAGAGUGUCAAGAAUUCUUGAUGUAAAUGUGACCAUUAAAAUGACGUCAAUGUGUGGGUUCAUUGUGCAUACCCAUUUUCUUGAAUGUUUAUGAGAAACAUAACCAAAAUUAUACAUUUUGAAGAAAAUCAUAAUCUUGGGACAUUGAUAUAGCAUAUGACAAGAGACAGAAAUAUAAGUUUGCA